CGUUGGCGUGUCUCUCACCCCAUGGGGUUGGGAUCACGAGAUAGAGCGGCGGAGGAAGAUCUGUUCCGGUUAUCUUUCAACCGAAUGCUUUAUACGGCAAUGAUGGCAACAAUUUCGGGUCAGAGGGCCACGCACAACAGGCUUCAAGAGGACGACUGAACUCUUUCGUCUCAAUACGACAGUACCGUUGCGAUAGAGUGCCCCCGUCCAGAUCAUCAUGGCGACUAUGCCCGUGACGAACGGUGUCUCUGCCCACCGAGAUGAGGCAGACCAGUUGCCUAAAGUCCCCAUCCACAGUGAGCGCCAAAUGCGCGUCAUUUGCAUUGGUGCUGGCGCAUCCGGUCUCGCAUUUGCAUACAAGCUUCAGCGGUCCUUCGACAAUUUCUCUCUGUCCAUCUAUGAAAAGAAUCUAGACAUUUCCGGUACUUGGUACGAAAACCGCUAUCCAGGAUGCGCGUGCGACGUGGCCGCCCACAACUACACAUAUUCAUUCGAGCCGAAACCGGACUGGUCAUCCGUCUAUGCCGGGAGCGAAGAAAUCUUUGGCUAUUUCAGAGACUUCGCCAACAAGUACGGCCUCCGCAAGUACAUCAAAACCCGGCAUGAGGUUGUCGGUGCGCGCUGGGACCCGCAAACGGAUCAAUGGCAUGUCCAAGUCAAGGAUCACGCUUCUGGCUCUGUCUACGAGGACUUCUGCCACAUUUUGGUCAACGCUGGCGGCAUUUUGAAUAAUUGGAAGUGGCCCGACAUCAAGAAUCUAGAUCUGUUCAAAGGGCCGAAGUUGCACAGUGCGGCUUGGGAUCCAUCUAUCGACCUCGAUGGGAAAACGGUUGGCUUGAUCGGAAAUGGAUCUUCGGGCAUCCAACUGCUCCCAGAGAUUCUGCCACGAGUGAAGAGUCUGACCAACUUCAUCCGCACCGCGACUUGGGUAGCCCCACCGCUUCGCGGUAUUGAGCAGCAUAAAUACACUGAGCAAGAAUUGAGCGAUUUCGCCAACAAGCCCGGCCUCCUCCUAGAACACCGCAAGAAAUACCAAACGAGCACCUCCGGCGUCUUUAAUCUAUUUAUCAAAGGUUCGGAGACGCAAAAGUUGGUCCGAGACACCAUGGAGAAGCAUAUGAAAGCUCAGCUCCAGGAUCCCGAUUUGGAAAGCAAGCUGAUACCUAAUUGGAGCGUUGGCUGCCGAAGGCUGACCCCCGGCAUUAAGUAUCUCGAGUCCAUCAAGAAGGACAAAGUCAAUCUGGUGAUAAGUUCCGUGACCGAGUUUACGCCAACUGGGUGCAAGUGCGCAAACGGCAACGAAUACAAUUUCGACGUACUCGUCUGUGCAACGGGCUUCGAUGUGUCGUUCCGCCCCCGCUUUCCGCUCCUUGGACGAGACGGGAAGAACUUGCAGGAUAUCUGGCAGAAAGAAUCGAAGGGGUAUAUGGGCGUCGGAGCUCCGGACAUGCCGAAUUACUUUGUCAUGCUUGGCCCAAAUUGUCCCAUUGGCAAUGGUCCUAUUAUGGCAGCUAUCGAAGCGCAAGCCGACUAUAUCCUCAAAUGGUGCGACCGUUGGCAGACCGAGAACAUCCGGUCAUUUACGCCCAAGUGGGAGGCCGUCGAAGACUUCGUCGCUCAUUCAGACCGCUUCAUGCAGUCGACAGUCUGGACUGAGAACUGCAGCUCCUGGUAUAAAGGCAACAGUGUUACCGGCCGGGUGUCGGCCCUGUGGCCAGGCAGCACGUUGCACUAUCUUGAGACCUUGGCCCAGCCUCGCGCGGAUGACUACGACGUCGUCUACAAGGGCAAUCGGUUCAACUACCUUGGGAACGGGUUCAGUCAGACAGAAACAGACUUGACUAGCGACUGGGCUUAUUAUAUCCGUGAAAAGGAUGACUCGGAGUAUUUGAGUAAGAAGAAGCAGAGGCAAAUCUUGACGAAGAGCGGUAGCAAGAGUGGAUCGGCGUUCAAGGUGAUAUAGAUUCAUGACUGGUGGGACGGUAUGGCCAGUGGCAUCAGUUCAAGAUUAGGAGAGCGCGUUUAGCCCCAAGAAAUAUUUUCAAGGGGCAAUGUAAAGGUCAUAUGUGAAUCACUUGCAAAGUCAUGUGCUUGACGUAAAGAUGGCUGGUACUACCGGGCGGAAACUUUAGGCGCUCUCCGAUGACCUAGAAUUAUCGGACUAAUUCUACGAUCGUCCCAAGAUCCAGCAGGUUGGGUCACAUUCUCAGCCAACUUAUCCAGCAUCUUUGAACAAAUUGACACACGUGAUACAUCUAGGUCUUAUUGAAUGAAUACAAGC